CAUCUCAUUUACGUAUCCACCCUCAUCCAACCCCCUGUAUAUAUAUAACUGCAUUCCCGCCUUUAUUCUUUGACUCACCCCUGACUUCAUCUUCUCCGGCUAUAUUCUCCGAUCCCGACCGUAAUAUGUUCCUGACCGAGAAAAACUCUCCUUUCCCGUCCUUCUCGCCGUUCCGAUCAUCGCUUAAACGAUCUCCGCUUCAUGACUUCGAUCUCAUCUUCAGGACCUUCGAUGAAAAACUAGCAAGCCGUCUCAAGGAUCUCGCCUUCUCGUCUCCGUCUCCGUCGGUUAGUUUACAGUGGCUGUCUCUCGCUGUUGAUUUGUUGUCUGAUACUCAUGCCGACGCGAGCGCGGUUAUUUCGGCGAUGACGGCGGCGUCCGGUUCGUCGGCUGAUUCGCGGGCGUUUUAUCUCGAUCACAGUGUGAAGAUUUUGGAUGUGUGUAAUUCGAUCUCGUACGAGAUCGAGAAGCUCCGGCACCGGAGGUUGUUGAUGGAUUUCGCGGUUCAUUUGCUCAAGAGUUCCGGUGAAGGAGAUGCUCCUCCGGCGCCGGAGAAGUUGAAGAGAGCGGGCGAGUGCAUCGCCGAUUACGAGAGAAACUCGCGAGACUUCGCGAAGCGAAGAGGCUUCGAAGUUCGCGAGCCGGACGUUCUGAUCAGAGACCUCCAGAAUGCGAUUGUGACUAUCUCGCCGCGUGGCAAGAUCUCCACCAUCGAAAGAGCUGUCCUCCGCAUCAUCUACGCCGUCGGAUUAAUCACCGUUUUUGUCGCCGGAGUCGCCUUAUCAUCUCUCCACGGCCUUCCAGAACUCGCUAAAAUCCGAGUUCCCUCCGAGUUUUCCUGGUCCGACUCAGUCAACGAGUUACAAACAGCAAUUUUUGACUCGGAUGGACGAGUUGUGUUGACCGAGAUUGAUGACGUGGCAGCGCGUGCGGUCUCUUUGCGCGUAUUGAUAGACGGCGGUGUAAUAGAGGUUGGUGAGAGAGCGCGGCUGGAGAGUGCCGUCAAGGAGAUGGAGAUGGUAACGGAGAAGAUGUCCGUCAACUUGGACCGUCUAGAUAACGGCGUUAACAGAAUGUUUGGUGUGGUUUUGAGUGUUCGAAACGGGGUGUUAGAUAAUUAUAGAGUGGGCCCUGUUGAGAAGCGGCACAAAUGAAAAGUGAAAAUUGUAAUUAUUGUGCUAUGGCUGGAAUGUAAAGUUCAAAAAUUAUACAUGAAAGUUCGGUUAUGAU